UAUAAUAAAGACCUGGAAUUGGGUGCUCUUUGGAGGCAAAGCUCUCUCUUUUGAAACCUCCUCUUUCAUCUCAGUGGCGCCGUCUCUGUCCUCACUUUCUUCCAUCUCUUUUCGGAUCUAUCCUUAGAGCCCCUCCCCCAAUUGAUAAAGCCGCCUCUUGUGAAAGUCAAACUGUAUGUGUUGAUGAUUCUACAAAUGAUUAAUACUGAGACUAGUAGCAAUGGAGUGGUUAACGGUGGAGUUGCAAUUCCUGCUCUUAAGCAGGAUGGUGGUGGUCUUGGCUUUUCUUCUCACAAUAAACAGCCACCUUGUGAAACAAAAAAGACAGCACUGAGGGAUGUGCAAAAUCAAGCCAGUGGCUUGUCACAGAACCAUCGAGAGAAUUCAAGCUUUCUUGCUUCAGGAGCCAAUACAGAUGCAGUUAGAGUUUGUGGAAAUAAGAGGCUUACACCAGAGCGCCCUUCGGGUUCUGCUUUCUAUCCUGCCUUAACCAAUUCUUGUGCAAAUGAGCAUAUCAUGAAUGCACGUCGAAGAUUUGAGUUAGAACUAGGCAGGGGAAGAGUUCAAAGCAACACAACUAAGGUUGCUGAUUCUCCGCAGUCCAGGCAAGUGCACCAAUUGCAGCAAGAAACUCCUCAAAAACAAACUCAUUUGAGGGCAAGCAACAAUUAUUCUGUUCCUGCAGUUCCACAGAAUAAUAUUCCACCCACGAAUAGUUCGUUUGGGGGAUUGUCAGCUCCAAAUUUUCUGGGGAAGUAUGCCACUGGUAUGCAAUCUACACAGUCUGAUUCUCUUAGGGUCACAUUGGAAUGUCCUAAUUCUGUUGACUAUAAGGGUAGUCGUGAUCAGCAAACAACAGAACGGUAUGUCCGCCUGCAAAAUUUUUUGAAAGAAUGUGAUGAGUCAAACUGUCGGGAUUACAUCCAGGUGCUCCGAUAUCUAUCCCCAGCUGAGCUUAGUAGACAUGCCUUUGAGUUGGAGGCAAGAGCAAUUCAAUUAGCAAUGGAGGAAGGAAAAGAAAUGCAUCGGAUGAAGGCCCUGAACGUCCUGGGUAAAUCAACCCUCACUGAUAGUUCUUUGCAAGCUACGUCUACCCUCACCAGUAAUUCAUUGCAAAAUACUCAGCUAUAUCCCAGAAAAUGAAACUUGCAGCGCUUAUAUACAAUUUUUCGCAAGGUAACGAGGGUCUUCAGGCCUUUUUUUUUUAGGGGUACUUCAUCAAGGAUCAAGGAUCUAGCAGUGGCUCCGUAGUCCUGGAUACUUCAAACAUGCAUAUUACUCCAAGACCUCCGGGUUCAGCCUAUUCAACUGACUAUGAGAAGUCCAUCCAGAGAAAAUGUCUGGAUUGGUUGGUGGCAUAGUGCAUUUCAGCAACGCCUAAUUAUGUUGGGAAAUAAGUUUGAUUUAGCAAUUAGCUGAUUUACCUUCUCAGAUCAAUUAUGCUUCUUCCCUUUUCUUCUAUUCCUUUGUGUUGUUUGCCUGACUAAUUUAUCAUGUUUGAAACGCAUGGUCACCAAAAUAUUAGAAGCUAAUGGUGUUCGACUGUU